AUGGAACAAUGCGAAGAUGCCGUCGUCACCAUUUCCAUCACCACCGCCGAUGAGGAAGGUGAAGCCAAGGCCAAAGCUAUGAUUUCGUCCCUUCCGCCUGAGCUUCAUCUCCAGAUAUUCACAUAUUUGGAUCGAGCCUCAUCAGUCUGUUUUGGUCUGACAGCCAAGAAGUUCUAUCCAAUCCACAAGGAACUUCGUGGUCUCGUCCCUCUCACGGCAUGUUGCCUCCAAGUCCCAUCCCGCUCGAGAGGACGAUUCCUAUUCGGCCUUUUGAAGGAGUGGAUCAAAGAAACAGGUUUGGUGUUUAGCGGUGCGGAGCUGAAGUUCAUCACGCUGGAGAAGAAAUCAAAGAUGAAGGAAGAUGACCUUAUUUGGAGAUUCUAUAACUGGGGGUCGUUUGACCAGAGCCCAUUGGCUAAGAAAUUGGAAAAGGCUAAGGAGGCGAGGCGAUUAGAAAUUCUCAGGGAUGAAAAGGAAGCUGGAGGGUGGUGGAAGAAGGGAGUUUGGAUCGAUGGAGAGGAAAGCGCUUCCUCUGUUGAGCAUAAAAUCCAUCUACUCGCUCCAUCUUCCAAAGAUUCUCAACUUGUCAAGUCAACCAACCCACCAACAAAGAGUCCAACCCAGAACCACCAAAAACAGCCCAAACAAUUCAAACGACUGAAACAAUGGCGUUUCCAGCAAGUAAGUUAUCAAUCGUUGUACGCUUCGUAUUCGGGUCUUGCUAAUCUUAGUUGGGUUUCGGACUUGCUCUGCUUUCGCUUUCGUCGUCGCCAGAAGAAGGAAGCUAAUUCGUCGAUUGAGAUGACAGACCGUGUUUCUGCCAAGCCAGCAUUGCUCGACUCUGCCUCUGCUUCUGGACUAGCCCUUGCUGAGGCAUUGACAAAAUACGCACAAGAUUCUACCAAACCAUCCCUCGUCAACCUGCCUCCGGAGUUGCACCUCAAAAUCUUCAAUCUCCUCGACAGGACCACCUCUACUUGCCUCGGAUUAUGCACAAAGAAAUUCUAUGCUAUCCACCGCAGCAUGCGAGGCACUGUUCCGUUGAUGGCCUGGCACUCGUACCCUCCGAACAAGAUUGGUGGAAAGCGCUUGUGGGAACUGUUGGUAGAAUGGAUGGGGCCAGGAUAUGAUUUCGACUCACGUGCAUUCAAGUUCCUUGCCAAGCACUCUCGGGGAGCUCUAGCCGGAAAGUACGAGCGAUUCAUAGUUCCCUUUCAGAAACUUGCAGAUGCUAAAUGGGUUGAUCUCAAGGAGGCGGGUGGUUAUGUGGAGAAUCUCAUACGGUAUCCUAUUUGGCAGUGGAAGUGA